CGUUCCUCCUCAGGCAAACACUUCGUCCAAGAAAGCAGUGAUGAAGGCCGUAUGUAUCGUGGCCUUGUUCGCCGCACUGUGCGUCGCUCCCUUCCGAGCUGAACGGCCUCCGGCCGGAAUGCUGCGUCCUCUGCCCCGUCCCGGCCAUGAGGGCGUGCGCACUCUACCGGCUCUUCUGCCUGACGACCUGAGGCAGACCAGACCUGCUCGACCAGACGUUCCGCCCUUCCAGCGCCCACAGAUCCAGCCCCGACACCCUUCUUUUAUCAAGCAGACGAAGCCUCUUCCCCGUCCAGUGGGAGUUGAAACUCUGCCAGCAGAACUCCCAGAGGAUUUCAGGCAGAUAAGACCCUUUGCUCGUCCAGCAGGAGUAAACACACUUCCUGCUGACCUUCCCGAGGAUCUUCAAGGCUCAAGGAAGCAGACAAGGCCUUUUGUCCGACCCGACGUCCCUUCCUUCCAGCGACCUCAGAUCCAGCCACGACACCCUUCCUUUCUCAUGCAGACGAAGCCUCUUCCCCGUCCAGUGGGAGUUGAAACUCUGCCAGCAGAACUCCCAGAGGAUCUCAAGCAGACAAGACCCUUUGCUCGUCCAGCAGGAGUAAACACACUUCCUGCUGACCUUCCUGAGGAUCUUCGAGGCUCAAGGAAGCAGACAAGACCGUUUGUCCGCCCCGACGUCCCUUCCUUCCAGCGACCUCAGAUCCAGCCCCAACACCCAUCUUUCACCAAGCAAACGAAGCCUCUGCCUCGUCCGGUAGAACUUCCGGGGGAUCUCAAGCAGACAAGGCCCUUUGCUCGUCCUCCAGUCCCAUCUCUCCAGCGCCCUAAUCCUUGGUCUCUCCAUGUGCCUCAGGGCGAAGCCGAGAUCUGCCAGAGCUGCGAGCGACUGCCCUUCGUUCGCCGAGGAGCCUGUUGCAAGCGGUGGAACCUCUGCUGUUGAGGAACUUCGUGGCUGCAGGGCGACAGAUGACAUCCUGUGACUCUUAUUAUUGUCAAUAUUGAUGACUGUUUGGCUUUUUCAUUUAUUGAUUAGGUGGAUAAUCAUAGUGUCACUACCCACAGAUUAUGUAACAUAAACAGAACGAGUCUUUUCAGUAAUGUAUAUGAGUGUUUGUGACGCCAAACAUUUGGGAAUAUGCUACAUGAAAUCAUUUCAGCAUAAUACACACAAAUAUAAUAUUUUAAAACCUUA